GGAAAAAUGACUGAGCAUUUUUUCCAGAGUUAAGACCAUUUUCCUCAAAGAGAGUACAUUUGGCUCUAUAAUGAGUUUGGAGAGUAACAUUUUGAGUAAGAGAAAGAGCAAAGUCACAGAGUAACUGAUCAAUAGGCGGGGCUUGUCAAAGAAGUUAAGUUUCGUUUGUCCGCCAUACUGUUCAUCAUCACUGCAGUUGAAGUGGAUUUGGAAAAGACGAUUUUGCAAGACGUUAAAAAUUAAGUAGUCUUCCAAUCUCUCAGUUUUCACUUUCAUAUUAUGUGUUUGGUGUUUAUACAAAUUCGCAUAGACUUUCCUUGUUGCCCCAGUGAUUCUCGUUUUAACAUAGACACAAGUCUACCAUUAAGGAUGGAAAACCGCAAUGUUGUUAAAGUGAAGUUCAAAGACCACAAGAAAUAUGUUUUUUCUCCAACAACAUUUACAUUUGAAGCAUUUUUGGAAUGUGUUGCCAGGAAAUUUGACCUUCCUACAAUGGAUUUUAAAGUCUUUGAUGACUCAAAGACAGAGGUUGAUCAGGAAGCAUUUGAAUAUUUGAUGAUGCAGCCAGAUGUCGGUGUCCUGGAAAUUGUUAUGUCAGAGACAACUUUUGAAGAUUCUUUUAGUUCAGACUCCCUUGCUGGUGCUGAGACUACUUCUGGGUCUGAUGACACUGUGAUAUUGACCAGAAGUCCAAGUGAAGAAAAACGAAUGGAGGAACGUUGUCAUGCCCAAAUGGUCGAAAACAUCUUAAAAGGAAGCCCAGGAGGCGACAAGAUCAUGAAUGAAUAUGCUCGAACGAAGUGUUUGUCAGAUAGCAGAAGACGUGACAUGGUGAAGAUCUUGGUUGCUCAUAUGACAAAUGAACAUGGAACAAGCCCACCUCGGCGUUUGAAGGAAGACUACGCAAAGGGGAUCAUCUCCCUCUUCCCCUAUUUGGCCGACCCCAGGAGCAAGCUUGGUUAUGAGCAUUAUUACAAUGCAGAAGAUGGAAGUGGCUAUUUGGCAUGGAGAAUUAAAACGCUGCAGAAAGAGGCAUCAGAUGGACGACUUAAGCGCCCACGACAAUCACAAACAGGCGGGCCAACCGUGGACAGAGAUCCUUACAAAGAAGAUAACUGGUUGAGUGAUGAACGCCAGUGUCAGGAAGCAAUAGCUCUGAUGAAGCACACAGCUGAUGAAUCUGUGGUGAAGGAAAAGAUGAGGUUUACCCUGGUCUAUCGUCAGAAGAUUUUGCAUGAUCCUGACAAGUCAUCUGAUAUUCUAACCAUUUUCCCACGAUUCAUGGACAUACCUGGCCUGAUUGAGCAGGAUUUUACACUACUUUUUGGUGACUCAACUUCUGCAAAGCUGUUGGAGAAAUGGUCCACCAACAUAAAACCAAAGGUCAUUGCACAGAGUCGUGGCCUGACACAGACUGGGGAGCUCCAAGACCUCGUCCAGAAUGCUGUAGCUACUGAAAUUGAAGGUUGGGACAGUGACAUGUCUUCCAUUCUCUUGCUGGUCCACCUUCUACCACCUUCGAGUCAAGGGCGCAAAAGACCAGGGAAGAUUUCGGCUCGACAAGCCUGUGAUUGCCUAGUGAAAUUCAUCAAGACUGGUGUCAGCAUACAGGGACAUUUGGAGGGCAUCACACAGAGUGUCCAGCCAUAUCUACUUGCAGCCGGACCGAAGAAAAGUAGGAUCCAGUCUUACUUCAUUGUUGUUGACAAACAGGCCUUGCCAUGCAAGUCUUCUAAUUCACUGGCUGCAGUCGAUGAGCUUUUUAAGGAUCAUUAUGUUUUUGGUACCACCUAUUGUCAGGAGCUCACUAAUGUGUUCACUUUUUUGCAUCUAUGACAUAGAUGUUGAAAUGACCAAAGUCAAUCCUAGGGUGGCUGAGCUAAGAGCAAGAAUGCUCCAUUAAGCAAUAUGAUUUGUUUCAUUUGUCAAAAGAGGCAUGCUAAUGCCAAUGGACUUAUAAAACACUUUAAACUUGUUCAUGGACUUUGUUCGGGUAAAGGCCUCAAGUUAAAAUGUGCCCAUAGAGGCUGUUCUCAUGUGUACCACAGUUUUUCAGGUUUAAGAAAGCAUCUUAGUAAAUGUUAUGCAAAUGACAACUUUUGUGCUGAUGAUGGGGAAUGUUCCACCUCCACAAACUCCAUUUCGUUAGGGGAGGCAGACAUGCCAGAGUUGCCAGAUCAGAGUGUACCUUCCGAGUCUGUACUACUAGAAAGACACAUAGUCAACAGUUGUGCUAAGCUGGUGGCAGAACUUAAACUUGUUGGCAAUUCAGAGAAAACUAUUAAUUUUGUUGUUAGUACUGUACAAGAAGUGAUUAGAGACCUUGAUCAUCUAAAGCAUGAAAAUUUGAAAAGUAGUCUUGUCUUAGAGGAGCCCAUAAAAAGCGUUGUUGAGUCUCAAAUUGAUCAGUGUUUUGAGAAUACAUUGUAUCCUUUUCUUCCAUUAAACACUGAGAGUAAGAGAACCAUUUACUUUUCUGAGAAAUGGGGGAAGAUUGAUCCAGUUGAAUAUGUUCUAGGAACACGUUUUGCAACACGUUUUAACAGAACAACUGGAACUUUUGGCCAAUCUAUUGUCAAAGAUAAAUUUGUAUAUAUACCAAUUCUUGAGACACUUAAGUCUAUUUACCAGCACCCUAAUAUGAAAGAUAUGAUAACCAGAGACCCUAAACAAAGAGAGAACUUCCUGUAUGACGUACAGGAUGGAGAGUUCUUCAAGAAUCAUGAACUCUUCUCCAAACAAGAGCACACUGUACAGAUACAGCUUUUUUUUGAUGAGUUUGAAUGUGCUAACCCCAUUGGAUCAAAACGAGGUAUCCAUAAAGUUGGAGCCAUCUAUUUUACCCUCAGAAAUGUGUCUCCCAAGUACAAUUCAAGUUUACAGAAUAUCCAUUUGGUGUCUUUAUUUCAUGCACAAGAUAUCAAAACAUACGGGUUUGGUAAAAUACUAGCACCCCUUGUCCAGGAUAUCUCAACACUUGAAACAAGUGGAAUUCAGCUUCCUCUAUUUGAUCACACAGUCUAUGGAAGCAUUAUACAAGUGACUGGUGACAACCUUGGUCUUCAUUCUUUAUUCGGUUUUGUGGAAUCAUUUAGUGCUAGGUACUGUUGCCGCUUUUGCUUACUAGAGAAGGAGGACUUUCAGACAGUGUUCAGUGAAGAUAGUCCAAAGAUAUCUGUUCGAACUAAACAGCUUCAUGCUGAGCACUGCCAGGAAAUGCAGAUCAACCCCAGUUUACCUUAUGUGAUGGGAGUUAAAAAGUCUUGCCCUUUGAAUUUGUUGCAAUAUUUUCACACCAGUACCAACUUUUCAGUUGAUAUAAUGCACGACAUACUGGAGGGCGUUGCACAGUACGAGAUGAAAUUACUUUUUCAGCACCUAAUUGAAAAUUACACCACAUCAGCAGAAGUACACAGGAGAAUUCAGAGUUUCAACUAUGGUUUCAUGGAGCAAAACAACAAACCACCUGGCCUAAAAAUGGUAGACAGCUCCAAUGACUUGGGCUUAAAUGCCAUUCAGAGCUGGUGUUUGUUGCGUCAUCUGCCAAUUAUGUUUGGAGAUCUUGUGCAUCCUAAUGAUCAGCACUGGUACUUAUUCAUUUUAUUGCUUCAGAUUGUCAGCAUAGUGUUUUCCUCGGUUGUAUCCCUUGGCAUGACCUUUUAUCUGAAGCAUCUGAUUUCAGAGCACCAUGGUUUGUUCAAGCAUUUGUUUCCCAAUAAGAGAUUAUUGCCAAAGCAUCAUUUUAUGGUGCAUUAUCCACAAUGUAUUCGGAAAAUUGGACCUCUGUUACAUACAUGGUGCAUGCGCUAUGAGGCCAAACAUAAUAUUUUUAAGAAGCAGCUGAAAAGCUUUAAGAACAUAACUAAAACUUUAGCAAAAAAACACCAGUGCCAGAUGGCUUAUUUGUGGCAGUCGUUGGAUCCAAAUGAGUUGAAAAUGGGUCCUGGCAAAAUGGUCUCCUUGAAUGAAAUGGAGGUUGGUGUCGAGGUGGCUGAAAAGUUUGAAGUGCCUGUUAGGACUAAGGUUUUAAAAGUUAAAUGGGCUAAACGCAAUGGAGCUGUGUUCAGGCCUGGGUUGGCUGUGUGUGUGAGGACUGAUAAUGAGAUGCCAGUGUUCCAUGUAAUUCAGAAUGUUGUUAUUAAAGAUGAGCAAGUUCUUUUGGUAACAGUUGCUCUGAAAACACAUUGUUUAGAUGAACAUACCCAUGCUUUCAAGGUCUCGCAUACUACUGCGGCACCAUUUGUCUUGGAUGUUCAGACUCUUUUGUACCACAAGAUUUUUGAUAUACUGACGUCCUAUGAUUGUAAUUCUGAUUUGUUUAUUGUGCCUUAUUGUUUCAUGUAAUUGCUCUGCUCCCCUGUUCUUUGUCCUUCACUACUUUUCAAAGAUAUUGUACUGUGGAGUUUUAUAAUGUAUAUAAUGUGCUUUUUAUAUUUUUAUACUAUUUUCUUUUUCUCCAAGUCAUAAAUGAUUGAAUUGUAAAAAGAAAACAAAUGCCUGAGAAAUAAACUGAGACAUGGGCAUACA